AUUUUUUGAUUUACUUGCGGGUCAGUUAAUUUCCUCCAUAUGGCGAGAAACGCCGCAAAUGAAUCUUCUGCAUCGCUCAGGGUUGUCAAAAGGGUGCAAUUUGGCAUACUUGGACCGGAUGAGAUCAAAGCAAUGUCUGUGGUCGAUGGAGGCGUGCGAUACUCUGAGGUCUAUGAAGCUGGAAAGCCUAAACUUGGGGGACUGAUGGAUCCGAGACAAGGUGUGGUAGACAAAGGCACCAGAUGUCAAACAUGUGCUGGAAAUCACUUUGACUGUCCGGGGCAUUUUGGCCACUUGGAACUUGCGCGGCCUGUAUUUCACGUGGGUUGGCUAGCGACGACGAUCAAAGUCAUGCGAUGUUUCUGCUACUUCUGCUCGAGGCUUUUAAUAGACAAGGACAGCGCAGCUGUACAGGACAUCCUGUCUAAGACGAAGAGCAACCCUAGACGCAGGAUGACUCUCAUCUAUGAUAUGUGUAAGAAGAAGACUAUUUGUGAAGGAGGUGAUGAGAUAGAGACUGAGAAAUUCAUGCAGGAAGAGGACCCAUUCACCAAUGAAAAUCGCGACAAGAAAAAGGCACCAGGAGGCUGUGGUCGUCACCAGCCGAAGAUAAGAAGACAGGGACUCGAGUUGACAGCAGAGUGGAAGGUGAUCAAUGAAGAGACCCAAGAGAAGAAGAUCCCACUCACAGCCGCUAUUGUACAUGAGAUGUUCAAGAAGAUAUCGGACGAGGACUCCGACAUAAUAGGGAUGAAUCCUAGAUUUGCUCGUCCUGACUGGAUGCUGAUCACGGUUCUGCCAGUUCCGCCACUGGCAGUGCGUCCAGCGGUAUCGCUCUUUGGUUCAGCCAAGUCUCAAGACGAUUUGACCCACAAAUUGGCAGACAUCCUCAAAAUUAACAACGAAAUUAUCCGAAACGAACAAAACGGAAUCGCUUCUCAUAUUCUAGCUGAAAAUGUGAAGUUGUUGCAGUACCAUGUAGCGACGCUGACAGAUAACGAGAUACCAGGACUCCCAAGAGCUACUCAGAAAUCAGGCCGACCUCUGAAGUCUAUAAAACAGCGCCUGAAGAGUAAAGAAGGUCGAAUCAGAGGAAAUCUGAUGGGAAAGCGGGUAGAUUUUUCAGCACGUACUGUGAUCACUGCAGAUCCCAAUUUGUUGAUUGAUCAGGUGGGAGUGCCCAGGUCCAUAGCGACUAACUUGACCUACCCGGAAUUGGUGACGCCGUUUAAUAUUGACAAAAUGCAAGAGUAUGUCUCGAGGGGUGCUAACCAGUAUCCAGGUGCCAAGUACGUCAUCAUGGACAACGGAGACAGAAUUGACUUGAGAUACCACCCGAGAACCUCCGACCUCAGACUCCAAGUGGGCUACAAAGUGGAACGUCACGUGCUAGACGAUGACGUCAUUGUGUUCAACCGACAACCCACUCUGCAUAAAAUGUCAAUGAUGUGUCACAGAGUGAAAGUACUACCAUGGUCGACCUUCAGAAUGAAUCUAAGUGUGACGACACCGUACAAUGCGGAUUUCGACGGAGAUGAAAUGAAUUUACACGUGCCACAGUCAGUCGAAACGAAAGCUGAAAUCUCCCAACUGUGUAAAGUGGAAAGAAUGAUAAUUACGCCGCAGUCUAACAGACCUGUAAUGGGUAUUGUGCAGGACUCGCUGACGUCUGUAAGGAAAAUGACAAAACGAGAUGUAUUUUUGGAGAAGUCGCAAGUCAUGAAUUUGCUUAUGUGGAUUAGCAGUUGGGAUGGCAAGUUACCACCCCCUACUAUUUACAAGCCGAAGCCGCUCUGGACUGGCAAGCAGUUGUUUUCACUGGUCAUUCCGGAAGGAGUGAAUUGUAUCAGGGCUCAUUUUACACAUCCGGACACGGAAGACAGCGGGCCAUAUAAACACAUAUCGCCAGGAGAUACAAAAGUUUUGAUUGAGAACGGUGACCUCAUUAGUGGAAUUGUAUGUAAGAAAACUCUGGGAGCCAGUGCCGGAUCUCUGGUCCAUCUAAUUGCACUUGAGAGCGGACAUAUUGCAGUGCGUGACUUCUUGAGUAACGUGCAAAAAUUGGUCAACAACUUUUUAUUAAUCGAAGGUGCUUCGAUUGGAAUUGGAGAUUGUAUUGCAGACUCCUCUACUUAUAACGAGAUCCAGCAGACGAUUAAGAAAGCCAAAGAAGAGGUGAUAAACAUUAUUGAAUUGGCACAUAAUGAUGAAUUGGAGCCGACUCCAGGAAACACUCUGAGACAGACGUUUGAAAACAGAGUUAACAGAGUGCUAAAUGAUGCCCGUGACAAAACGGGAGGAUGUGCACAGAAAAGUUUGAGCGAGUUCAAUAACUUCAAAUCCAUGGUGGUGGCAGGCGCCAAGGGAUCUAAAAUUAACAUCUCUCAGGUCAUCGCUUGUGUGGGACAGCAGAACGUAGAAGGAAAGCGUAUCCCGUUUGGCCUGAGAAAGAGGACUCUGCCUCAUUUUAUCAAAGAUGAUUACGGUCCGGAGUCGAAAGGCUUUGUGGAGAAUUCGUACCUGGCAGGACUCACACCGAGUGAGUUUUAUUUCCACGCCAUGGGAGGACGAGAAGGUUUGAUUGAUACUGCGGUGAAAACAGCAGAAACUGGAUACAUCCAGAGACGCCUUAUCAAGGCCAUGGAGUCGUUGAAGGUAUGCUAUGACGGUACAGUGCGCAACAGUAACAACAACCUCAUCCAGUUCAGAUAUGGGGAGGAUGGUCUGGCUGGAGAGAUGGUGGAGUUUCAGAACCUCCAGUCCAUCACCCUCUCAAGACCGAACCUGGAGAAAAGAUUCAAAUUCGACUACAACAAUGAGAGGUCAAUGAAACGUGCUCUAAACGAUACAGUUGUACGUGACGUGUGCUCCAACGCCAGCUCACAGCAAGUAUUGGACCAAGAAUUUGAACAAAUCAGUAAUGACUGGCGCCUGUUGAGACAAAUUUUUGAAAAACCUACGAGCAAAGUGGUACUUCCGUGUAAUUUGGCCCGACUUGUUUGGAACGCCCAGAAAUUGUUCCACGUUGACUUGCGACAAGCGUCAGAUUUGAGUCCAAUCAAAGUCGUUCAAGAUGUGUCAAAUUUGUGCAAGCGACUUGUGAUAGUGAAAGGAGAAGACAGAUUGAGCGUUGAAGCACAGGCUAAUGCGACUUUAUUGAUGCAAUGUCAUUUGAGGUCAUUCUUGUCCAGUAAUAAAGUGGCGUUCCAGCAUAGACUAACGUCAGAGGCUUUUGAUUGGCUGAUUGGUGAGAUUGAAACUAGGUUUAAUCUGGCAAUGGCAACACCCGGCGAGAUGGUGGGAGCUCUGGCUGCCCAGUCACUGGGAGAACCGGCUACUCAGAUGACCCUGAACACUUUCCAUUUUGCGGGAGUGUCAGCUAAGAACGUGACGUUGGGAGUGCCUCGGCUGAAGGAAAUCAUUAAUGUGAGCAAGAAACCGAAGACGCCUUCCUUGACGGUGUAUUUGCAUGGGGCACCGGCUAGAGAUGCUGAGAAGUGCAAGGACGUGCUCUGUCGUCUGGAGUACACUACUUUACGAAGAGUGACAGCCAACACUGCAAUCUAUUACGAUCCAGAUCCGGCCAACACCUGCAUUGAGGAGGACCAGGACUGGGUGAGCAUCUAUUAUGAGAUGCCUGGAUUCGACCCAGAGAGGUUAUCUCCCUGGCUGCUGCGAAUUGAACUGGACAGAAAGAAGAUGACAGACAAGAAAAUGACGAUGGAACAGAUUGCAGAGAAGAUCAACUACGGAUUUGGAGAUGACCUCAAUUGUAUCUUCAACGAUGACAACGCAGAUAAAUUGGUGCUGAGAAUCAGAAUUGUAAACAACAGCGAGUCUAAAUCAGAGCAAGAGGAACAGAUUGACAAGAUGGAGGAUGACACAUUCUUGAGGUGCAUAGAGUCCAAGCUACUCACCGACAUGACACUCCAGGGCAUAGAGGCCAUCUCCAAGGUAUACAUGCACUUGCCGACAACAGAUGACAAGAAGAAAACAGUGAUUAAUGAGAUAGGAGAGAUCAAGAGUAUACAAGAGUGGAUGUUGGAGACAGACGGAGUGGCUCUGCUCAAAGUGCUCUCCGACAAAGACGUCGACCCUAGCAGGAGCACAUCCAACGACAUCUGCGAGAUAUUCUCGGUGCUUGGAGUGGAAGCAGUGCGCAAGUCGAUUGAGAAAGAGAUGUUCCACGUGAUCUCAUUUGACGGAUCUUAUGUCAACCACAGACACUUGGCCCUCCUGUGCGACAUCAUGACUCAGAGGGGACAUCUGAUGGCCAUCACGAGACAUGGAAUCAACAGGCAGGAUGUGGGGGCACUCAUGAGGUGCUCAUUCGAGGAGACGGUGGACGUGUUGAUGGAUGCGGCCGCCCAUUGUGAGGUGGACAUGGUGAGGGGAGUGAGUGAGAACAUCAUGUUGGGCCAGCUAGCUCCAAUCGGCACUGGAUCCUUCGAUCUCAUCCUAGACCCGGAACAGUGCAAACAGGGCAUGGAGAUACCUGUACUAGGCGGUGCAAUGGGCAGCCAUUUCUCCGGAAUGUUGGCCGGAUCUCCCAGCAGUGCAAUGACUCCUUGGGCGACUGGUGCCACGCCUCUGUAUGAUGGAACUGGGCCCUUCUCUCCACAAUUCGGAAGUGGCAUGACUCCAGGAGCCGCCGGAUUUUCUCCAUCGGCAGCUUCGGAAUUCAGUGGAUUCAGUCCUGGAUACAGUCCGUUUUCACCCGGAGCUGCUUCACCAGCAUCACCUGGGAGUCCCUACAUUCCUUCUCCUGGAGACUCACCGUCUUAUAGUCCAACGAGUCCGUCGGUACCCCAAAUGUCACCGAUGUCACCCAGCAGUCCUGGCUUCCCUGGAUCGUCUCCUGGUUAUUCGCCAACCAGCCCGAAGUAUUCCCCGACUAGUCCUGGAUACGCCGGCAGUCCCAGCUAUUCGCCAACUAGUCCUGGAUACUCUCCGCAGAGUCCAGGCUACUCACCGACAAGUCCUGGCUAUAGCCCAACGAGUCCGAGUUACUCGCCAACUUCUCCAAACUAUAGUCCGACAUCGCCGAACUACAGUCCAACAUCUCGAAAUUAUAGCCCGACGUCUCCCGGGUACAGUCCUACGAGUCCUAGUUACUCUCCCACUAGUCCUGGCUAUAGUCCAAGCCAGAGUGCUCGCUACAGCCCGACUUCUCCUAACUACUCGCCAAGUGCAGCAGGUUAUUCGCCUACAUCGCCGAAGUAUUCUCCUACGAGCCCGAACUACUCGCACUCUCCGAGUUACAGCCCAACAAGCCCGUCUUACUCGCCGACUUCGCCGAGUUUUGGAAAAUCUCCGGCUGGAUACUCUCCAACAUCUCCUAAUUAUUCGCCAUCAAGUCCUAGCUACUCGCCCACUUCUCCGUCGUAUAAUGCGAUGUCGCCAUCGUAUUCACCAACAUCUCCAAGUUAUUCUCCAACAUCGCCCUCUUACUCGCCAUCGAGUCCAAGUUAUAGUCCGACAACUCCGAAGUAUUCACCGACGAGUCCCAGCUACUCACCAACUUCCCCGAGUUACAGUCCAACUUCGCCGAGCUAUAGCCCGGGAGGACCAACUGCGAGUUCUAAUUAUUCGCCGUCAAGUCCAAGGUAUUCGCCGACUUCGCCGAACUAUUCUCCUUCGAGUCCUAAAUAUUCGCCGUCCAGUCCAGCUUAUAGCCCGAAGUCACCGGCUGUCGGGUACUCGCCGACAACCCCGACUUACAGUCCCUCUACUCCAGCUUAUUCACCAUCGACACCAGAUUACUCGCCCAAGUCGCCAAACUACUCGCCUGCUUCACCGAAGUAUUCACCGACUACUCCCAAAUACAGUCCCUCGACUCCUAAGUAUUCGCCUACUAGUCCUCGAUAUUCUCCUACGAGUCCUAGAUAUUCACCGACAAGCCCGAAUGCAAUUUCACCCCAGUCGCCGGCGUAUGCGGAAGCACCAGGGCCGUCAUCACAACGCAACGUCCAAAGAUACUCUCCAACGAGUCCGCAGUAUUCGCCUCAGUCGCCGACUGGAGACCCGACAAACCAUUACUCUCCGUCUACUCCUGCAUACUCACCGAUGUCACCGGGACACUCACCGGAGAGUCCACGAUACUCUCCUGACUCUCCGGAUUAUUCACCAGCUUCGCCAUCUGGACCAGGAAUGGACACUUCGGUUAAUGAUUUGCAACCUAUAGCAUCAAGAGGAGGAGCGCCGAGAUACAGCCCAAGCGACCCGCAGUACAGCCCAACGAACCCACAGGGACAUGGUCCCCGAUGAUUGUAGACCUAAGCGGACUGGUUAUUUUAAUUUAAAGUACCCGACCAUUGCAGACUACCAAAAUAAACUUAGUUUGGUGACGAUCCGAUAAACGAGAUAAAAUCCAAAAAAAAAAAAAACUGUAUCUCAGAUGAAUAUUAUACCAUAGAUUGAUUUGACAAUUAGACUGGUUAAUUGCAAAGAAGUUUCUCCUGCUGUGAUGUAGAUUGAAAAAAUGAUUUAACUAUAGAUACAAUGAACAAGUAAGUAUUAUGUUGUCCAUCAAUCUUUGGUUGCUGAAAAUGUUUUGUGUUUAAUUAAUGUUUUGCGAUUCGUUUAAAAAAAACCGAUACAAAUGAGGUGAUCAGUUUGGAAGAUGAAAUUAAACGUUCAAGAAAGAGAAAAAUAAUAAAGAACGAGAUGAAUGCGACCAGUUGGGCAAUUAUUGUUAUUAUGACGAAAUAAGCUAUGCCGUAGCCAGAAACGAUGCGAUGAAGUUCAUUUGAAAUUAAACGCAAGUGACAUCAUUCAUUAGUUUGCAAUAGUCUAGCUUGCAAUAGUCUAGUGGGUAGGGCGACAAUUCGUAAUAGGCGUCAAAUCGUAACAAGCGAGAAUUCGUAACAAGGAAUUGGCAAGAAAAACAGGCUUGCUCCGCUGCGC